AUGCAACCAAAUCACUACGACUUUCUGGGUCAGGUGCGUGAGCCUAGAGCCGCAAGUCGGAUGACGCGCGACCAGCCGCUGCGAGAUCAUAGUGGUCAGCCCCAGCCAUCCGGUGCAGCACCCAUGAGAUCAGAGGAUUCGUGGAUCGAUGUAUCCUCACAACCAUCCACUUCCUCCUUCUCCUCGGCGGCCACCACAGAUGAUAUAAUAACCACUGGGUUACGAGUCGAACAGGGAGACUCGGGGGCUUAUCGACGCCAUAAUCGCCGACGGCGGGUCCAACAUCUUGCUGCAAUCACUACCGCCCAGGUCGACUAUUCAUCACGGGAUGCUAGCCAUGCCAGCAGCAGCCAAGAAGAAUAUGAAGAGAGUGAAAGCGAGUCCGACCGAGUACUCAGCAGUUCAAAUGAAGAUAUGAACCACCCAACACUCCCAGCUGCUAUCGCACUUCGAUCUCCACUGCCCUCGUCGAGUUCAGAUGCUACAUCCAGCGACGAUGAAGAUGACACAUCUACUGCCCUGGGGAUGGGCAUAAGCCCAUCACCCUUUGUUCCCCAACCCAAUAUAUUCACGCAUCCUCCCCCCACAUCAAACCCAUCAUCUACCCGUGUAACCCAUCCACGGCGUGCCAACUCUGAUGCCCCAGCUGCUCCAAACCGCCGCGCAGCUCCUCGAAGAGAAUCUUACCCUAGCCAACGAUCUCCCCGGCGAUCUCAGCACCAGCACAGCCCAUACAAUAUGAUAUCACCCUCUCACCAUGCAGACCACGAUGCUGCUCUUCGUGCUAGCCUGUCAACACUUCUUUCAUGUGCCGCGGCUGCCCGAGGAUUGCCAAAGAAUGACAGUCAGCCUCCGCAAGCCGCCCCAGCAAGAGGGGCUCGGCCUUCUUCCUUCCGACUCGUUGGCGAGUCAGUCGCCAUGGGAGAAGAGAGCGAUAAUGAAGAGACCUCACCGCAGUACCCAGAGCUGGCCCCAGCGGCCAGUAUCCCAAGACACAUUCGGGCACCCACUGUGACAUCCGCGCCAGUCGCGCCGAAGCCAAAACGGCGCUCAAGUUCACCGAAAGACCGCAGCGUAACUUCCAAGAAAAGCCGACGCGCAAGCAUGACAGACUCAGCAACUCCUGUCAGCCCCACCAUCAUGACCUGGGUCAUCAGUGCCGGUGUUGUUGUACUGUUCUCAGCGAUCAGUUUCUCCGCCGGGUACAUGCUCGGUCGUGAGGUGGGUCGGACCGAAGUUGGAAUGAUGGGCGAUGGUGCUCCUGGCCCUCGCCCCUCGACCAGCUGUGGACAGGAAGCCGUCAGAGGUGGGCUUCGAAAAUUGCGUUGGGGCUCGGCGGCUGCAGGCACAGCCAGCCUUGCAUAA